GUCUUUACACUACCAAGGCAAUGACGAGUACUUCUACGACUAGAAGAAAGACCAGGACCAGCACUCCGAGAGUGCGGACUGGGUGUCAGACUUGUCGAAAGAGGCAUAUAAAGUGCGAUGAAACGGAACCAUUGUGUCUCAAAUGUGCCCAAGCCGGAUGGAAGUGCGAUGGUUACGUGAGACGUAGUUCAAACCUCCAGCCCUCCGCAAGUGACAAAAGCGUGGCCUCAACAACCUUGCUAGAGUCAGCGCUUUCCAUUACCAGGUACUCACUUCCAUUCCGGAUUCCGGGUUCUCAGAAAGACCGGCAAUUACUUCAUUACUUUUGUGUCCAAGGCUCCUACGAAAUGGCUGGUUAUCUGAGUUGCGACUUUUGGACCAGGACAGUCCUCCAGGAGAGCUAUCGAGAACCUGUUGUGCGACAAGCUCUUGUGUCGCUUAGUUCGCUCCAUCUCGAUUACAUUACUUUGGCUACGCCUAGAACUGAGGUAGCAAGAGGCGAAACACUGGCCCAGUACGGCAAGGCACUUCGCGCACUUGGAAAGCACCUCGAAAAACCAGACAUGAAUGCAACCAGGACAGCGCUUAUUUGUUGCAUUCUGUUCUACUGUUUUGAAGCCACUCUUGGUAACGAUCAAGCUGCUAUGCAUCAUCUACAGUGUGGAUUAAAUACACUGACAUCCUACCGUCAAGUUGAGGGAUUUCAUGAGACUCAAGACAUGAGUAUACUGUCCCGUGUAUUUGAGCGGCUGGACCUGCAAGCCACCUUGUUCGACGAUGGGCGUGUGCCUAAUUUGGUGUUGACGUCCGACGAAGAUCGCGAGAUAUGCACUACCAACCUAGGCUGUGUAGAAGCCUUCUCGCGGCUCGAUGAUGCUUACCGCUCGCUCAUCAAACUGCAAAACUGGCUCUUCCACUUUCUUACUAAGAACACUCUCUACAAGCCCCAUGAAAGAGAGGCAAUUCCCGCAUCUGUUUUGCAGGAAAAAGAUCAUCUCAUGAAGCAGUUCAACAGGUGGAUGGUCAGAUUCGACAACAUCAGAUACCAAGCGAACCAGGACGACCGGGAACAAUGCGGUAUUCAGACUCUCCUCAUUCAUCAGCAAGUUUCAAGCAUGCUCCUCGAGGCAGAUUAUCCUGCCGAUGACAGUGUCUUUGGCGCAUCUCCGAAUCCCAGAGCCGAAGAGGUCCUUGGUCUAGCCGACAAUGUGCUUAGGCUUACUAGGCAUGAAAUCACGUUGGGUAAAACGGCUAAGAAUUCAUGCCGAAACUUCUCCUCAGAUACUGGUGUAGUAGCUCCACUGUUCACGUUGGCCAUGAAAUGUUCAGACGAAUCAGUAUGCCUGAGAGCUACUGAGCUACUUGCUACGUCGCAGAGGCGAGAAGGCCUAUACGAUGCUCAAAGUAUGGUAGCGAUCAUCCAUCAAUUCAGGGAUGCCAGACAGCAAAAGCGGGUACGCUCAGAGGAAUGUCGCAUUGAAGACGCCACAACUCCAUCGCUCGAGACACUUUUUGCGGAUGAACUUAACAAAACAACUGGCGGUAUGGACAGAAAAGCAGACUUCAUCAAUUCGUUGCCUCUUGCUACUUAUCCUCAAAACUAA